UUUUAAAUAAUAAAAAAUCGUUAUAAAAAAAAUUUUUGCAAAUUAUGGAGUCCGUCACCGGAAAUUCAUUGUGUACAACAACAACGGCGGCGACUAGUACAUCAACCCCAACAACAGUAACCGCAACAACAUCAACAAUUUCCGCAGCACCCACAAGUGCUGUAAACAGUAGCAGCAAUGCUAAUACCGGCAACACGACUUCAGUUGUAAUGUGCAGUUCCAAUCUGUCAAGUAGCGUUGCAAAUUUACCCGCGAAUCCACAAAUUUUACAAGUUAUUGAUAUCAAGCAAGAUGAUUCCAAUAAUAUGUCACUGGCAAGCGCCACUUCAGAUGGACAACGUUCACUCUCAGGUGCACCAUCUGCUUCAUCUAGUCCAAUUUUAAGUCCACCUGGCAAAAUAUUUGGACGUAAUGCAAAUGGAACAAUGAUUGCCACUUCAAGACCCAGCAAUGAAGCAGAAGUUCAAUUGUAUCUUGUACUACAGCGAGCCAGUCUCUUGGCCUAUUAUGACACCUUACUAGAAAUGGGAGGUGAUGAUGUACAACAAUUAUAUGAAGCAGGCGAAGAGGAGUUUCUUGAGAUUAUGGCUUUAGUUGGUAUGGCAUCGAAACCGUUACAUGUACGCAGAUUACAGAAAGUCUUGCAUGAAUGGGCCAAUAAUCCAACACAAUUUCAAUCAGCUAUAUUAAGUGGUUCAUCAAGUUUAUGCGAGACACCCACAAAGCCCAUAAAUGCAUAUAAUCCUGCCGAACCUUCAACCUCUUCAUUAACACGCUGUAAGUUUCUCAACUACAAUCCUACACCACCUUUUAAUCCAACACCACUCAUAAAUACAGCACAAACAAGUUCCACAAAUUUGCUCACGCAAAUGUGUACACCCGCAAUCACAGUACCAGUCAUACAACCACAUACACCAUUAUCCCUGCCUACAACUCCCACCACACAUCAAACUACUGGUAGUACCGCACAUCAGGUUACUUCCAGUUCGCCACAAUUAACACCCGUGUUAACAGAUGUACAAGUAACACAUAUCACACUUGGUGCAGAAAAUAUAGCACGUAAGUUACCGAAACGUGAACCACGUGCGCAGACUUCUAAAAAGCGUACAAGUCGCGAAUUGGAACAAGUCAUUGCUAUGCAAGAAAGUGAUCCAAGACGAAUGGAGGAGAUUCGUAAGUACUCAGCGAUUUAUGGUCGUUUCGAUUGUAAGCGACGCCCUGAGAAACCCUUAACAUUUCACGAAGUUUGCGUUAAUGAGGCUGCCGCACAAUUAUGCCGUCUUGUGCCUGCACUUCUUACACGUCGUGAUGAACUAUUCCCCUUGGCGCGUCAAAUAGUUAAAGAUGCCGGUCUAGGACAUUCUGCAAACAUCUCAAGAUACGGUGGUCUUUUACCACAAAUGCAGGCACAAGCAGCAAACAUACAGAGAUCAACGGUAGUGGUUGAUUGUGAAUCAAGUGACUCUACAGUGCCAAUAAAAAGACAGCGAGUGUCGUCCACUGAAACUAAGUCCUCUGCUGACUUAAGUCGGGAAACAACGGAAGACUCGCGUUACAAUCUAUUUGCCAUGUAUCAAAAAUUUGCCAAACCUCCAUUCGAUCUAACGGAUAUAGCUAAAUUUUCUUUGAGUAGAACAGAUUAUGACGACAAUGAUUCGCGUUUCUCGUUUAGUAACUCGAGUUCACCAUCUCUGCCAAACAAUGGCAUGGAAAUUGAUCGUGAACAAAAUGAGCAAACGAAAUUUUGUAUGGACGAAGCACAUAGCACAGCUUCACAAACCAGUACCUCCACAGAUGUAAACCGUCAGAGCACACCGUCGAAACUAUCCAGUAAUCAGACCAAAUUUGCUAACCGAAAUACGGCAACAGAAUGUACAACCAUGAAUACUUCACCGUUAGGUGGUGUGCAGGUCAUUUCGUCCGCUGGCGGGCACAUUAUUGCAGUAGCAAAUCCUGCUUUAGCACUGAGUCCAACACUUAAUGAAGCAUUAAGCUUAAAACGUGAAUCAGAUUCACCUGAUUUAUAAUUCUGGAUUAUGAUUGAAGGUUCAUUUAAAGAUAAUGAUUAAAAUAUUUAAAUCGACUGAAAUAAGCUACACGCAUUUUCAAAAAGAAAAUAAAUUAAAAACAAUCAGGAUAACAAUUAUACUUGGUCUGAAGGCCCUAGUACCCAUUACCUUAAAUUAGGAUAUCGUUUCAAAAAAACAAAUCC